AUGGUGACAGAUGAAGACCAAAAUUCUCAAGCUCAGCAACCUAGAACACAACCGGAAUUGGGAACCGCACGCAGUCGUCAUGAACGGACAGUCCCGGCUUCAUGCGCUCAAACCGAAGCGGCACGUUUGUUAUCGUCUGGACAUUGUACACCAAACCACACUACCGACUCUCAUCUUACCUACUCUCCAACAUUCAGCAACUCAACUCGCCGCCGUGGACGUGCAGGCCUCGGAAAAACGCAAGGCACUUUUCGUUCACAAACGAGACCUAACAAGUUCGUCUCAAGUACCAAUUCUAAUUCCUCGCUACUCAAUGGUUCGGGUCCAACAAACUCGUUUGGAUCACCAUCUGAUGCGGCUGAGUCGUGCGCAACUAGUCCUAUGAACUCGACUGAUUCACUUCAUCCACGCCCAUCGGGUGGAUGGUCGACUAAUUCCAACAGUCACUUUGGAGACAGUCAACGAGUAUCUGCACAUCAACCACGCGCGUUCUCCACCCCUUCGCCAACAGUCCCUUAUCUGCACUAUCGAGGUCGCAGGUCACAACCGAACUACCUCCUAAACAGUCCAACAUCCUCUAGCACGUUGGAUCCAACUUCACGUCCUGUGUGCUCUACCUUAGAUCACACAGUAGGGCGUUACCUGCGCACACCACAUGACCUGAUCCUCUCCACACCUGAGAAGGAGAUUGAACAGCAACAGGAACAAGCAGUCGAUGGGGACUGGGAAUGUGAAGCGAUUCAGACAGUCUUAUCCGCAGUUCCAGCUCCUCAGGUCUCGGAUAUCAAAUCCGGCAGUGCACUUAUUCAUCUAACCCUACCAGCGGACCUAACCGUCCCGGCGGGGCCGAACACAACAGAGUCUGAUUCAGAUCUUGCUGGAUCUCGUCUAACCACAGAUACGAAAUCGGAUGCAGGUAACUUCGGGUCUAUUAGAGCUCAUAGUUUCUCCCCACACAUUACAGCCUCGAAAUCACCCGGGGCCCAGAAAUCUGGCAUGAUCCAGGAACAGAGGGAGCUCUCCUGCUGGAGUUUAGACGAAAACGCGAUUCAGUUUGAGCUGCAUUUGGCUGAGCGUGACAGUGCAGCCAGAUUCAACUGUCUAUUUGUUGGCGAGGCAACAGACAUUUCUCUGCAGGACCUGCGUCCAGGCUCAGAUUAUUAUGUGAAGUACUGCUGCGUUUAUUCCGACAUUCGGGGCCAGUUUAGCAGCACCGUGCACUUUACCACAAUUCCAACAGAGCCCUCGGUCCCGCGUAACCUGACUGUGUUGGGACAUACUCGCACAUCGUUACAUCUGAAAUGGAGCGCAGCCAGUGACAAUGGUUCCCGCAUUACGGCCUACUGUCUCGAGUACGCGCCUGUUCCUUCUUCUAAUCUUCAUGGACGGCAUCCGUCCUGGACCUCUGCACAACUGUCAGACCGGGUGAACGGGGACCAAAUACCACAGUUCGUAGAAGGUUUUCACGGCCUGGCCAAGUCAUGUAAACUUACCCAAUUGAACCCGUCCACCGAGUACCUGAUUCGUGUGAUGGCCAAAAAUGCUUAUGGAAACAGCCCUUGGAGUAGCACAAUCACCACUUCCACAUCCGGUAGCCCGCCAUCUACUCCACACACUCCAUUCCUGAUUAGUGCGGAUGUUCACAGUCUCACUCUGGCUUGGACCCACCCAGACUCUCCUAGUCACCGGGCUGCCCAAUCCGCGCCCGUUGUUAGUUUGACCUAUACUCUCGAAAUGGAUGAUGAGGCGAUGGGGCAUGGUUUUGUCACCGUGUUCGAUGGCUCCGGAACGGAACAUUGUGUGGAGAACUUGCGCCGCAACACACGUUACCGUUUUCGGUUGGCUGCGUCCAAUACGGAUGGUCGAAGCCGAUGGACUGAGGUGGUGACGUUUGCCACUUUGCCAGAUCGACCGUCUGCUCCACGGAAUCUGCGGUUUACAAGCCUGGUUCAACCAACUCGCCUGGAUCUGGCCUGGGAUCCACCCGAAGAUGAUGGUGGCCUCAGCGUUAAUGCCUACCGACUGGAAAUUCGCUUGCCGUACGUGCUUCCGUCGAAAGGCGUCAUAGUUGCUUUGAAAAACACACCAGCUGCGCUGGACCCCACUGCUCCUCUGGAUGUCGAUCCUACCUCACCCGGGAUCACUAGCGAAUCACUGUUCUGUUGGCCUCAUGCUACAGGUUUACCUGGAAAGACGAGUUUCGGUUCCCUUCCUCCGUGUGUCGGUGGUUCUCUUCCAAUUAUGCCGCGUUUGGUCUCCCCAACGAAUGAUGGUGAUUCACCUCCUCAGAGAUAUGGAAACACUCGUUCUUCUAAUGUUGGUCCACGGCGUACUCCAUCUGGAGAAAGUGCAUCUCCGCCACGUUUGCUUGAUACAUGCAAUGGUCCACUCGAGGAUGCAGAUUCUCCGGUACCCGACUACUCUUCGCUGGUCAGUCAACCUUCCCUCUCUACAGGCUCCGUCCACUUCGGUUGGUUUGUGGUUUAUGAAGGCCCCGGCUCAGCAGUGACCAUUGAGAAUUUAGUCCCUGGGCUCCGGCUUUGGUUCCGUGUUCGUGCACGUUCGAGUUAUGCGUCGAAAACAGCUGGUCUGUCUGCGGGCUAUAUACCUAGUUUUCGAGACCUUUGGGGUAUGGCCUCUUCACCUCCUCUCGAGGUUUCUCUCCCUCCUGUUCCCCCACCAGCUCCAAGUUUUCCUCCUCGGCUUGUGGGCCAAGCUGGUCCUACAUCACUCCACCUGAGCUGGCAAUCACCAAAGAACACUGGUGGAUCUCCCAUUGUUGCUUAUGAAGUUUGGCAGAUGGAUCUAUCCUCCCCAAGGUGCACGAGUGAUGAAUCCGAUGCCGAAUCUCAGUCACGGGUAUCACCGUUUCGGCACCAACACAGCCGGUCGGUUUCGGAAUGCAGUGCGAUGGAGGGUCGUGGUGAUAUGGAAUUGGAUGGAUAUGAAGAUGCUCCAAAUAAGUCAGGUCCCGAACGUUGCUCUAGUCUAGAUUCUGUCCUCUCCAAACGCGUGGACUGUUGCUGUUGUUGCAACUGCUGUCUGAGUAAUCGCAAGCUGGGCUUCAACAAUCCUAUGUCCGCACAGGGUCGCCUUGUAUGUUCAGUCUCAGGUUUGGAAUGUCGGGUGAAUGGCCUGCGUCCUGGUCGGUCCUACGCCUUCCGCAUACGUGCUUGUAAUCUGAUAGGACGUGGUCCAUGGUCUCCUUGGGCCAAUAUAUCGACCGCCGCCAGUCCUCCUGGAGCUCCUUCUCGACCACCGAGAUUGCAGCCUCGCACGGCCACCGCUGUUCAUAUCUCCUGGGAUCCGGUGUCUCGAACAAACGGUUCCAAAGUGACGGAAUAUUGGCUUGAAUGGCAACCUCUCCCAUCUCUCCUCUCCUAUCAUGUCACUACCUUACCAUCUCAAGUUCAUUCAGUCGACCGGAAGUCGAGCAUGCCUCCCACUGGGUCUCCCAAUCAUAGCGAUCGGGAUUCCAACUUCCAAUUGUUGUACACUGGACCCGAACUCACUUAUGAGUUACAUGGUGUUCAACCUGCCAGCAGACUUGCUUUUCGCGUUUGCGCGUUGAAUUCAGCUGGACCGGGAGCUUGGAGUCCAGUCGGUGUCUGCAUUACGCCAUCCACUGUCCCUGGUCAACCCAGCGGACUACGUAUCAAACAAUGUCUUCCUCAUUCAGUACAAGUUCAGUGGGCUAUGCCACAGCCCAACGGUAGUCCCAUUACAAGUUUCACCAUCGAAUUGUCAACCGUGAAUGAAUCAUUCGAUGCCGAUACCUCGUCACCGGCGAUAACAGUAUUCGAUAUUCCUGCACCAGUACCCGAUACAACCAGUUCCACACUGGCACUGCAACUCACAGAUUUGGAGGAGAGCUUGCGUUCCCACCUCUCUGUAGUCGAACAUCGCCUUGAUCACCUAGUUCCAGACACGAGCUACAAAGUUCGCGUGCGUGCGCUUAACGCGCUUGGCUAUGGACCCUUCUCAGCAAGUCUGUCAUUUACUACGCUCCCUCUCUGUCCGGGUCCUCCUCGUUUCAUGGCACCCACGAUGCUCACCGCCACCUCGGUACGGCUACAGUGGUGUAUGAGCGAUGAACUUGAGGCUCCCGAGGCUCCGCAUCCUGCAUCUUGUUCUAAAGCAUCUGAACGAGCCAAAUAUCUGUCUCACUCAAAUCUACAGUUUGUUCUUCAGCUUAGCCGGCAACCGGAUGGCGAUUGGAACACUAUCUACGAUGGGCCGGAAACUGUAUACAAAGCUACUCGCCUCACUGAGAACACCAGCUACAAUUUCCGUGUACAUGCAGUUAAUCAGACUGGGCCAGGUGCCUACAGCGAAGUAUUGUCCUUGAGCACACUUCGCCUUCCCCCACCUGUUAUCAGAGGUCUGAAAGUCGUUGAUAUCAGUACGGAUGUAUGUCACCUCGAAUGGAGUCCAGUCUCUCUGGGUGGAUCAGAUACUAUGGUCUAUGUGGUGCAAUUAAUGCCUGUUCUACAACCUGGCGCUCAUUUGCCCCAACUGUCCAAUGUCCAAGCUCACGUCUACCGGGGAACCCAAACCAGUUGCCGGCUCACCGAUCUGGUUCCCAAUACUGAUUACCUGGUGCGUGUGUGCGCCAUCCGCCUAUGUUUGCCAAACAAUACUGUCGCCUCCAUCUGUAAUCGUGGGACGACGAUCUCGUCGAAACAGCCUCGCUCGGGAAACGAGGUUGACAAAAACGAGGAACGUCCAAGUACCGAUGACGAUUGGUCCCGGGACCCGUUGGACGUAUCCAUAUUCCAUGUCACUGAACUGCCUGGACCCUACUCUCAUGGGCUGAAUUUUUCAACUCGUCCACUGCGGUUGCCAAAAAGCCAUCCUCUGGAUGGCGGCCUAUCCGCUCAACGUGACUCGGUCACCAGAACUUCGCUAAACAUGUGGAGGUGGUUUCCCCGUGUGUUCCGGAUUCCGCUUCGUGUUAUUUAUCCACAAUCAGGCCCGACUUUGUCCUCCUCCCCACAGAUGACGGCAGCACAAUCCUCCACGCCCCCGGUGACCGUUUCCACACUGAACAAUCCGUCUUUGCGUCGUCGUCUCGGUGCCAGUAAUCCUGUUAUCCAAGUGCCGGUAUCUUCCGCCGGUGCACAAUUAGCCUUAUCUGCCAAAUCUUCUCCUCACAGCACGUCCACACACAAUUCGGCCUUUUCCAAACGAGCUCAGCAUUGGUUUCGUCUCAGUGAUCGGAAAUUAGCUUGCUUGUUUCUGUUCCUAUUCGCGCUCGCGACUCUCCUGGUGUUCAUGGGUCUACAGCACUUCCUAGCUGCGCAGCCUUCGACCGGUUCCCAUGUCCCGACAAGUUUAGUGCAAACACAGGAACGGCUCAACAGACCAGCCGAGUUCAUCCACCACCCGGCUGUCUAACACAUACUUUAAGAUGCCGAUCUUGACGUGAUGGGAACUCGCUCAUACAUGCAUCCAUGUUCGCCUUCAACGGUUGUCACGUUCGAGCCUAGCUGCACUCGGAUUCAUAUCGGUCUCACGCCAGAAUCCCUUUUUGGACAUUUAUUGUCCGACACACAUUUCACUCGUAUUUCUCUGUACAAGAUCGUCCAAGUCCUUCUUCAUCCCGCUCUCUUCAGGCUAUGUUCCCGACGAUUGUUCUUGUGAUCUCUCAAUAAUAAUAAGUCACGCAAUUUCGCCCACACAUCACCCAUCACAUCUGCCGCGGUCGCUGCUCAUCCAUUGCCCUGUUGUUGUGCUGCCUACCCCCCUUCCUCUAACUCAUCCCAACAGUCUUUCUGCAUGUUUUGUUUCUUUGUUUUUUGUUCUGUUUUGUUUUGUUUUGUUUGUCUACAGUAUAAUUGACCAUUCAGAACUAACCUACACAGAUCGGUGAGCAGCUGAUUCUCGUGUAUUUGUUGAUUCUCUAGGGAAACUGGUAUAUCUAGACAUUCAUUACUCUCUCGCGCGCGCAAUCCUUUUUUUUAUGCUCUUCCGGUUGAUCGCAUUGUUUUUUUCUGCUGUUUAUGUCCGCAUGAUUUUCCUCCCUGUCCAUUGUAAUGUCUUCUUGGAGUUGUCAAGCAAUUGUACAAGACCACUCAGCCGUUCUAGGCUCCUUUUUGGCUUCUGUACCAGUUCUCACACUUUUUCACAUACAUUCACCCUCCAUUUCCUCUACAUUUUCUUUCGGGAGGUCAUUGUUAGAGCUGUAUCGAUCCGCUCCGAGAAAAAGAGAGUGAUCCGUUUGAUUCGCACAUCCACGCAUGGUGAUAGAGCGAUCCAUCCUUUACUGCUUUUUGAAUAUUCUUUGUUACGAGUAGGGUUUGUAUUUAUCUUUUUAGGUGAUGAUCAGUCUUCAUGCUUUACAUCAUUUAUGAAAAGUCAGAUAAUGGUGUCCUGUCCACACACCUUAGUGUUGUGCAAGGUAUGCUACAACCAACUUUUUCCCACUUACUCCCACAAUAAAAUUGUGAUCUGUUUACAUUAUUUUGGUCUUCCGAUGGGUGCCCAAGCCCAGAGUAGUAACUGGUUCAUUGUUUGCGGUGCUUAUUUGAGAACACUCACUCAUACACGCACAUCGACUGCAGCGGUCAUUUUCCGGUCUGACAUGGUUGUGUUGUUUGUCUUGUUUGUCUUGUUCAGUUCUAUUCUGUCCAACCCUCGAAAAUCGAUUCCUCCAUUUUACCCCUCGACACCGCCUACCUAUAUAUUUAGCCAGCGGUUGGGUGGGCCAUUGUUCGACUUGCGUUUGUCGUGUUGGGUGAUAUGUCUUGUCUUCUCUAUUUGUCUUCUUGCCUUUGUUUUUUCCUUGGUUACUUCAUUUUAUCACAUAAAUCUG